AUGAAGGAAGAGGAGGAUCUGAAAAGGAGAACUCAGCAAGAGUCGGAUCUGGAAGGCCUUGAUGAUCUAGGUACAGUUUACAGCGGCAUUGACCAGCAGCUGAAUGAAACAAUAAGGCGCCGCAGACACGCGGGAGAAAACGAUUACAACAUCGAGGUGCUGCUGGGAGUGGAUGACUCUGUGGUCCGUUUCCAUGGCAAAGAGCACGUCCAAAACUACCUCCUCACCCUGAUGAACAUUGUGAAUGAAAUUUACCAUGACGAAUCCCUUGGAGUGCACAUAAAUGUGGUCCUGGUGCGCAUGAUAAUGCUGGGUUACGCAAAGUCCAUCAGCCUCAUCGAAAGGGGAAAUCCAUCCAGGAGCUUGGAGAAUGUGUGCCGCUGGGCUUGCCAACAACAAAAAUCUGAUCUCAACCACUCUGAACAUCACGAUCAUGCAAUUUUCUUAACCAGGCAAGACUUUGGACCUGCUGGAAUGCAAGGAUAUGCUCCAGUCACGGGCAUGUGUCAUCCAGUGAGAAGUUGUACCCUGAAUCAUGAGGAUGGUUUUUCAUCUGCUUUUGUGGUAGCCCAUGAAACCGGCCAUGUGUUGGGAAUGGAGCAUGAUGGACAAGGCAACAGGUGUGGGGACGAGACAGCUAUGGGAAGUGUCAUGGCUCCCUUGGUGCAAGCGGCAUUUCACCGGUACCACUGGUCCCGAUGCAGUGGUCAAGAAUUGAAAAGAUACAUCCAUUCCUAUGACUGUCUCCUUGAUGACCCUUUUGAACAUGAUUGGCCCAAACUCCCAGAGCUUCCUGGAAUAAAUUAUUCUAUGGAUGAACAAUGUCGUUUUGAUUUUGGUGUUGGUUAUAAAAUGUGCACUGCGUUCCGGACCUUUGACCCAUGUAAACAGCUGUGGUGUAGCCAUCCUGAUAAUCCCUACUUUUGUAAGACUAAAAAGGGACCCCCACUUGAUGGGACUGAAUGUGCUGCUGGAAAAUGGUGCUAUAAGGGUCAUUGCAUGUGGAAGAAUGCUAAUCAACAAAAACAAGACGGCAACUGGGGGUCAUGGACCAAAUUUGGCUCCUGUUCACGGACGUGCGGAACUGGUGUUCGUUUCAGAACACGGCAGUGCAAUAAUCCCAUGCCCAUCAAUGGUGGUCAGGAUUGUCCUGGUGUUAAUUUUGAGUACCAGCUUUGUAAUACAGAAGAAUGCCAGAAACACUUUGAGGACUUCAGAGCACAGCAGUGCCAACAGCGAAACUCCCACUUUGAAUACCAGAAUAGCAAGCACCACUGGCUGCCCUAUGAACAUCCCGACUCCAAGAAAAGAUGCCACCUUUACUGUCAAUCCAAAGAGACCGGAGACGUUGCUUAUAUGAAACAACUGGUGCAUGAUGGGACACGCUGUUCUUACAAAGAUCCAUUCAGCAUAUGCGUGCGGGGAGAGUGCGUGAAAGUGGGCUGUGAUAAAGAGAUUGGUUCUAACAAGGUUGAGGAUAAGUGUGGUGUCUGUGGAGGAGAUAAUUCCCACUGUCGAACCGUGAAGGGGACGUUUACCAGAACUCCCAGGAAGCUUGGGUACCUUAAGAUGUUUGAUAUAGCCCCUGGGGCUAGACAUGUGUUAAUCCAAGAAGACGAGGCUUCUCCUCAUAUUCUUGCUAUUAAGAACCAGGCAACAGGCCACUAUAUUUUAAAUGGCAAAGGGGAGGAAGCCAAGUCGCGGACCUUCAUAGAUCUUGGUGUGGAAUGGGAUUAUAACAUUGAAGAUGACAUUGAAACUCUUCAUACCGAUGGACCCUUACAUGAUCCUGUUAUUGUUUUGAUUAUACCUCAGGAGAAUGACACCCGCUCUAGCCUGACGUAUAAGUACAUCAUCCAUGAAGACUCUGUACCUACGAUCCACAGCAACAAUGUCAUCCAGGAAGAAUUAGAUACUUUUGAGUGGGCUUUGAAGAGCUGGUCUCAGUGUUCCAAACCCUGUGGUGGAGGUUUCCAGUACACUAAAUAUGGAUGCCGUAGGAAAAGUGAUAAUAAAAUGGUUCAUCGCAGCUUCUGUGAAGCCAACAAAAAGCCGAAACCUAUUAGACGAAUGUGCAAUAUUCAAGAGUGCACACAUCCACUCUGGGUAGCGGAAGAGUGGGAGCACUGCACCAAAACCUGCGGGAGUUCCGGCUAUCAACUUCGCACUGUGCGCUGCCUUCAGCCCCUCCACGAUGGCACCAACCGCUCUGUGCACAGCAAGUACUGCCUGGGUGACCGUCCUGAGAGCCGCCGGCCCUGUAACAGAGUGCCCUGCCCGGCCCAGUGGAAAACAGGGCCCUGGAAUGAGUGUUCAGUGACCUGUGGUGAAGGAACAGAGGUGAGACAGGUCCUCUGCAGAGCUGGAGACCAUUGCGAUGGAGAAAAGCCCGAGUCAGUCAGAGCCUGUCAGCUGCCCCCCUGUAAUGAAGAGCCAUGUUUGGGAGACAAGUCCAUAUUCUGUCAAAUGGAGGUGUUGGCACGAUACUGCUCCAUACCGGGUUACAACAAGUUAUGUUGUGAGUCAUGUAGCAAGCGCAGUAGUACCCUGCCACCACCGUACCUUCUAGAAGCUGCUGAAACUCAUGAUGAUGCUAUCUUUAACCCUAGUGACCUUCCUCCAUCUCUAGUGAUGCCUACAGUUUUGGUUCCUUACCAUUCAGAGACCCCUCCUGAGAAGAAAUCUUUGAGUGGCAUCUCUCCAGUGGAAGGUCCACAUGUAUAUGCUGCUUUCAGGCCAAAGGGUAAAGCUGAUGGUGCUAACUUCCCCCAGCGGAGAGCUCAGCAAGCAGGAAGUAAGACUCUGAGACUGGUCUCAGGACCAUCCUCCCCACCCACCAAGAGGGGCCACUUCAGUUCAGCUCCACACAUGGCUGCCGCUGUCUCCUCGGCAGUCGGUGAUUCAAUAGGUGCUUCUUCUCAGGCAAGAACCUCAAAGAAAGCUGAAAAGAUUAUUGACAAAAGACGUCCAAUAAGAUCAUCCACCUUAGAAAGAUGAGAAAGUGAACCUAAAAGGCUAGAAAUCAGAGGAAAACCUGGACAACCUCCCUCUCCUCAUGGUGCACACAGCUUGUUUAAAGUGGAAAUUUCCAUAGGUCAUCAACUCAUUGCAUCUGUAAGUGGAAGAACAAAAAGUGCUGGUUCACUUUCUAGUUGCUUUCAUCCUCCCUUUGUUCUGCAUCGACUUGUUUACCAGAAUUCAUUGGAAGAAAGCACCAAAGAUUAUUAAUAGAAAGAAAGAAAGUUACUAAGGGUUGUUGGUCACUCUCUAAAGUAGAAAAGGGACUGGGACCAAUUGUGCAUAUCAGUUGAUUUUUUGUUUUUAAAAUGUUACAGUAAAAAUAAAAAAGAGAUGCCAAUGGUUUACACUUUAACAAGAAAUUUUGGAAAUGGAGUAAAGAAUUUUUAGGUAUUCCUAUUUAUCUAUAUUAGAAAUAUUGUAUGAGCAAAUUUGCAGCUAUUGUGUAAAUAAUGUAUAUUGCAGAAAUCAGUAUUAUUUUAAGAGAUGUGUUCUCAAAUGAUUGUUUACUAUACUACAUUUCUGGAUGUUCUAGGUGCCUGUCAUUGAGUAUUGCCUUAUUCGAAAUUCUAUAGGUUGAAUUUCAAGCAGAAUAUUACGAAGAAGUUAGAAUAACAGCUACUGACGAUAUGGAGGGCUUUGUUGAGUCAACAAUGUGCUACCUAAAUUAUAGAAAAAGGAAACUGCAGAUAAACAGAUCUCAGCUUACCUGUUUCCUUCCAUUCUUAUAAUUAAUCAGAUUGGUGUCUUAAUAGUCACAGGAAACUGAAAACAGUAAAUGAGCCUAUGUAAGACAAAACUGCGGCGCUCUUAUUAGGACCUCAGUUGGCACCAUUGAGAUGCCAUUGAGAUGCUAUUCUUUUGUGGGUUUUGUUUUAUUUUUGUUUGUUUUCCCAUUGUUGAUAUAUACAAAUAGUUAUACUUGAUGUACUGUAAUAAUCACAAAGGAAAAAUGUUUUGGGAUAACUUGUUUGUAUGUUGGUAGCUGAGAAAAGUAUCAUUGAACUAAAAUUGGCACCGAGUAGGGCUUUGGAAGCAGGUACCAGAAAGCACUUGUCAAUAAUUGAAAUAUUUAUUUUCUGCAUGGCUCAUACCCAAAUGUUCACAACCACAAUGCAUCUGACUGCAAUAAUGUGCUAGUAAUUUAUGUCAGUGAUCACCUUGCUCACAGUGAAGCCAGAAAUGCUCUCCCCAGGGAGUAGAUGUAAAGUACUUGUAUAUAGAAUUCAGAACUGAAGAUAUUUAUUAAAAGUUGAUUUUUUUCUCGAUAGUAUUUUUAUGUACUAAAUAUUUACGCUAAUAUCAAUGACGUAUUUUGGUAAGCUAGAGAGACAUAAUUAGAGGUUUUGCUUUGUGCAUAGAGGAGAAAUUUAAGUGAACUACCACUGCCAACUCAAAGAGCUAAAAUUAAACAAAUUUGAUGUUAUUCAAAUGUUUUGCAAUUUUAAUGUAGUUGAUACAAAGUCAACGACUUGUUCCCAUUCAAGGAAACAUGAAAAAGUAUGAGCUCACCUAGCUGUUUAAUAAAAUAGUGAAUUAGAAACAUUUUUUAAAGUAUGUGAAAGACAUAAAUACUUCAUGACUUAUACUUAAAACAGAAAAAAAUGUGUCAUCAGCAUAACGUUUUUGAGAUCAGUAUCUGAACUGUCUAAGAAUAUAUUAUGCAAACUAAAAUGUGGAUGUGUUAGCCUCUCAAAGCGCAGAAUGUGCAAGGACUUCUGCAUUUUAAUCAUUGUAAACUAACAGCCUAACCUAUUGACUCUAUACCUCUAAAGAAUCGCUGCUACUUUGUGCAAGAAUUUUGAAGGUCAAAUGAAUUAGUUGAAUUCUAGAUAUUAAAACAAUUCCUGAGCCUUAAAUAGAAGUCAUUUUUUUUUCCUAAAAAUUUCCCUAGAAUAAAAUUCUCUCUAGUUUGCUUGUAUGUGCAUAUGUCUGGUCCACAGGGGAAUAUAGAGAAAGGUGGUCACACACGUACACCUCCCAUAAAGAUGUACAUAUUUGUUAUACUUCUGACCUUCGAGCUUUCUUUUCUACUAAGCUAAAAAUUCCUUUUUAUCAAAGUGUACACUACUGAUGCUGUUUGUUGUAUUGGGAGCACGUAGCAAUAAAAAUGUUAACAAAACAUA